UGCCUACUCGCCAUCAUGUUGUUUUCGUUAGUGUUUUUCUUUUCUAGCAGUGCUGAUGGACUGUGCGUGCAAGAGUUCAAUGGCUGUAGUAGUGUUGUUGUUCCUCUUACUGGCCAAUGCUUUUGCUCAGCCUCAGUUCAGAGGACGGCCUCUCUCAGAACAAAAGCUGGCGGUAGUACGUUUUAUGGGGUCUCCUGAGGGGAGAAUUGGCGCUAUGCAUACCGUAACUGCUCAGUGUACUGAGAGUGAGGUGAUUGUCGCCAUCAACCCGGACUUGCUUGGUAUUCAAAAGCUGGUCCAGCCUUCUGAUCUUUCAAUGGGUGGAUGUGGCGUAUCUAGCCAGGUCGCUUCAACGUACUUUAUGAUUGAGGCUCCCCUGCAGGGUUGUGGGAGCACCGUGGAGAUGCUGGCUGGUGAAAUUGUGUACACUUUCACAAUUGAAUACAACCCUUCUCGGGUUGAUGGUCUUCCUAUUGUAAGAACAAAUCCUGCAGUGGUACAGAUUGAAUGCCAUUACUCCAGGCAACACAAUGUAAGCAGCAAUCCUUUAAGUCCAACUUGGGUCCCAUAUGCCUCUACAAUAUCUGCUGAAGAUAUUCUGGGUUUCUCUCUCAUUGUAAUGAGCAGUGACUGGAGUGGGCCAAGUCUAUCCAACACCUUCUUCCUAGGAGACCUCAUUAACCUUCAAGCCUCUGUGGACACCACUAACCAUGUGCCUCUACGUGUCUUUGUGGACCUCUGUGUGGCCACUCCUGGGUCCAAUGCAUCUGCCCCAGCUUACACCUUCAUUGGCAAUAAUGGGUGCUUCAUGGACAGCAAACUGACAGGCUCAAAUUCCCAGUUCCUGUCCCCCAGAAUUGCACAGUCUGUAAUUCAGUUUAAACUGGAUGCCUUCAGGUUUUAUGGCUUAACUACUAGUUCGGUCUUCAUUACUUGUCAGCUGAAGGUGGCCUUAGCAUCGGAUAACAUUGAUUCUUUGAACAAGGAUUGCUCUUACAUCUCUGCAUUGAACGAGUGGAGCUCUGUGGAUGGGAAUGAUGUUGUAUGUAGCUGCUGUGAUGCAAACUGUGCCAGCCCCCUUCCUUUUAGGAGGAGCUCUGGGUCACAAAGACUCCGACCCAGGAGAGCAAGUAAAGGAAGUAUACCAGCUGGAUGGGAGAAGACUAUUUCUGUGGGGCCUUUCUUUCUGGAGGCUACUUCACCUUUAGCCUUGGCACAUUCCUCUGCUUCCCAAGCGGAACCUUCCCUAGAUUCCACCUUCCAGGAUUCUGUGCUUGGAGCUCUUGUAGGGGUGCUGGCUGUCUCCUGUGUUGCUGUACUUCUGUUAUUACUUUACAGGAAAGCAAAAAGAACUGUUUAUACAUUUAAUAAAAAGAUUGACAAACUUUUUCUCCGCACGUGUCAUCAACACACUAAGCUGCCGAACGCCUUAAUUCGUGUAUAUAAAAAGACUGUGCUGCGCCUUGAGCCUUAUUGUGAUUUUGCUAUCUUCCUUUGUUAUUUCAAAAUGGAGUACAAAGGUCAGAUAGUCGUAAUAUUGCUGUUUAUUUUCUUAUCCGAUGUUUUUCCUCAGCCCCGUUUCAAUGUACGGAGUCCUUACGCAAAACAACAGAGGCCCGCGGUGGUGCGUUAUGUAGCAUCUAUUGAGCCGAGAGCUGGCACUCCGCAGACCGUAACUGCUCAGUGCACCGCGAGUGCGGUAAUAGUCACCAUUAGUCCGGAUUUACUGAGCAUCCAAAAGCCGGUCCAACCUUCUGACCUUUCAGUAGGUGAAUGUGGAGUCACUAGCCAGUUCGAUGCUCAGCCCUUCGUGAUUGAAGCUCCUCUGCAAGCUUGCGGGAGCACAGUGGAGAUGCUGGGAGAUGAAAUUGUAUACAGCUUCACCCUUGACUACAACCCUUCUCAGAUUGAUGGUCUUCCUAUUGUAAGAACAAAUCCUGCACUGGUACAGAUUGAAUGCUACUACCCCAGGCGACACAAUGUAAGCAGCAAUCCUUUAAGCCCAACUUGGGUUCCCUAUACCUCCACAAAAUCUGCUGAAGAUAUUCUGGGCUUCUCGCUUGCUGUAAUGAGCAGUGACUGGAGUGGGCCAAGUCUAUCCAACACCUUCUUCCUAGGAGACCUCAUUAACCUUCAAGCCUCUGUGGACACCACUAACCAUGUGCCUCUACGUAUCUUUGUGGACAGCUGUGUGGCAACUCCUGGGUCCAAUGCAUCUGCCCCAGCCUACACCUUCAUUGGCAAUAAUGGGUGCUUUGUAGACAGCAAACUGACCAGUUCCAAUUCCCAGUUCAUGUCCCCCAGAAUUGCACCUUCUCUUAUGCAGUUUAAGCUGGAUGCCUUCCGGUUUUAUGGCCUAACUAUUAGUUCGAUCUUCAUUACCUGCCAAUUGAAGGUGACUUUGGCAUCCGGUAAUGCUGAUGCUUUGAACAAAGAUUGUUCAUACAACUCUGCAUUGAGGCAGUGGAACUCUGUAGAUGGGAAUGAUGUUGUAUGUAACUGCUGUGAUACAAACUGUGCUAGCCCCUUCCCUUUUAGGAGUGGCUCUGGGUCACAAAAACUCAGACCCAGGAGAGCAAAUAAACUGAAUCUUCCAACAGGAUGGGAGAAGACUAUUUCUGUGGGGCCUUUUUUUCUGGUGCAUAAUUCGUCUUUGGCCUUGGCACCUAUGUCACCCUCUUCCCAUCAAGAAGAGGUCUCUCCAGGUUCCUCCUUCCAAGAUUCAGUUCUUGGAGCAGUUGUAGGUGUCCUGACUACUUCCUGUGUUGCUGUGCUGAUAUUUAUUUACAGAAAAGCAACUAGAACUACUACCAUGAAUUAAUAAAGUUUGAUUUGUG